UCUACAGUUUCAAGCAAAUGAAGAGACUAUAUCAUCAUUAUAUAUGUUGAAUCAGAAGCAAGAAGGAAGAACCAUAUGUGUCUAAAUAUUUAUAAAAAAAAAUUAUAGUUAUAAAAUUUUGAUUUGAUGUAUUAUAGGUGAUCCAGUUUGUUUGCCCAUUGUUCCGACUAUUUGUCCAGUGGAGUAUGUAGGUUGUGAUGCUUCCAUCUUACUUGAUGAGACCCCUUCAAUCGAGAGUGAGAAGACUGCCUUGCCAAAUCUUGGUUCAGCAAGAGUUUAUGGAAUCAUAGAAGAUGCAAAGAGAGAAGUGGAAAAGCUACGUCCCGAGGUGGUUUCUUGUGCUGACAUACUUGUCGUCGCAGCUCGAGAUGCAUCAGCUGCUGUAAGUUUACAUAAUUUGUUUCCCAAUAUUUUUCUAGACCACAAUAAACAAACCAUUACACCGGUCACCGGUUAAAUUAAGGCGUAUAUAGUAUUAUACUAUAAAAAUGAAUUAGUAAUCCUAUGCAAAAAACAAUAUCAGUGGGAGGCCCGUCAUGGACAGUAAAACUUGGAAGGAGAGAUUUAACCUCGGCAAGUAAGAGAAUUGCAGAAACAGAUCUUCCAAAUCCUUUUGACACUCUGGAUAGACUUACUUCUAGCUUCGACAGCAACGGACAUAACACAAGAGACAUGGUCGCCUUGUCAGGGGCUCACACAAUAGGCCAAGCACAGUGUUUUCUAUUCCGUGAUCGGAUUUAUGGAAAUGGAACAGACAUUGAUGUCAGUUUUGCAAGCACUAGAAAACGUCAAUGUCCUCAAGAAGGAGAGAACGGAAAUCUUGCACCUCUUGAUCUAGUUACACCAAAUCAGUUAGAUAACAACCACUUCAAGAACCUCAUCGAUAAGAAAGGUCUUCUUCAAUCAGACCAAGUUCUUUUUAGUGGAGGUUCAACAGAUAGCAUUGUUUCUGAAUACAGUAAUAGCCCUCGAGCUUUUUCAUCCGUCUUUGCUGCUGCUAUGAUCAAAAUGGGAGAUAUCAGUCCCCUGACUGGUCAAAAUGGAAUCAUAAGAAAAGUUUGUGGCAGUGUGAAUUAGUUCUUCCAUGUAUUAUUAUCUCCCUUAUUUGUUCUAAAAGAAUAUGUUGGAUUUUGUAUUAUUAUACAACUACAUAUUUGUAUGUUUGAUGCAUCGAAGUGUAAUCUCUUUUACUCUUUUCUUUGUUAUGUAAGACUGAUGUACUUUUUCUUGUGCAAAUAA